UUUAUGGCUUUGUUAUUGCGAAGUUGAGGGUCAGUGUUUAUUUGUUGCUUUGAAUUGUAUUCAGAGCUACAAAAUUUCGACAAUGACUUCAAGAAAGCGUUGCUACAAUGGAUUAAAACAUGCAAAACAACAUAUGAUAUUAUUUUUCAUUUUAUUCGGCGUACUUUGUGGAUUUUUACUCGGCUCUUUAUUACAUGGCAAUGUUCAGUCGUCCUUAGAUCCAACACCGAAGGAAUAUGCAAUGUACGUGUCUUUUUUUGGUGAGAUUUGGGUGAGAGCUUUAAGACUUUUGGUUAUUCCUUUGAUUGUAUCCAGCCUGCUUUUGGCAGUCGCUGAAUUGGAGUCAAAACAGAGCGGAAAAUUGGGAAGAAGAACAUUGCUGUAUUGUCUUAUGACUACAAUGUUUGGGGAGUAAUUUGUUUAUUUGCAUUUAACCUGGAAAUGUUAACGUGAAAGAACCAGAACCGAACGAAGAAAAAGUUGAACCAAUACAUUCUGUGCGUGAUCUUAUAAGAUAAAUCCCAUUUCACCACCUACCUAUGCUGUCAUGACAACAACAAUGAAUCAAGAAGAAGGUUUGAAAGCUUUGGAAACAUCUAUCAAAGCCAUUGAAGAAGUCAUUAUGAACAAGAAAGGAACAUUUGUUUUACAACAAGCUAUAAAUCCCAUUUCACCACCAACCUAUGUUGUCAUGACAACAACAGUGAAUCGAGAAGAAGGUUUGAAAGCUUUGGAAACAUCUAUCAAAGCCAUUGAAGAAGUCAUUAUGAACAAGACAGGAACAUUUGUUUUACAACAAGCUCCAAAGGUUGUCACAGAUAUGGAUGAAGCAGACUUUGCAAAGGAACUGGAAAAACUUGAACUUCAAAAUGCAGAAGUUGAUGGUGAUGAUGAUAAUCCUGAUGAUGAAGAAGAACAAGAUGAAGCAUAAAUGAUUGUGGUUUGUUUUAAAACUUGCUGUGUUUUAUUUUUAUCAUACACUACCUGCAGUUGUCUUGAACAACAAUUAGUUUAACUUCAAACUCCAUUCAAACCCUAUACAUUACAAACAUCAAUUAUUUUCUAUAGACGAUCCGAAAUAGAUAUUUCAUUGUCAAUGUUUUGCAAGGCAGUUUUUGAAGGUCCCCUGUUCGGGUUAAACUGCCGCUCUGAGGUUGUAGUUUGUGUUGAAUAGGACAUUCGUCAUCGUGAAACUAUUGUAAAUGCCAAGUCGUUGAAAUGAAAGCAUAUUUAGAAAGGAGAUCGUUAAAUUAAAUAUUGCUAACAAUUUC